UGUCCAAAUUCCAUAUGAUAUUUGACAAACCAUUCAUUUGACACUCAGUGUCACUCAUUCCGAAUUGUCAUUCGGACUAUAGGAGUAAACAAAAGAAUUUAAAAUGAGAAAUAAAACAUUUUGAACGCAUGAAUAAAAAUAGCAAAUUGAAAUAGUACAAAAAUAUAAUCCACCGCCGAAUAAAAAUGGUGACCACACAGAAGAAGUAUAUUUGCAUCAAUUGCGGUCAUCCAAUCGAUGAACUUUACACCAAAUACAGCGCAAAUGUGAUGAAAAUCGUCAAUUGUGACAAAUGUCAUGAAAUUGCCGACAAAUACAUUGAAUUUGAACCCAUCGUCGUUGUUAUUGACUUGGUUCUACUGUCACGGCCCACUUACCGGCAUCUGUUGUAUAACACUGACUUUAAGAUCCACUGGAAAUUGACGUUGAUUAUUUGCUUACUUGACGCAUACAUUUCCUGGUCCAACAAAUCACAUAUCCUCGCUGCUGAAGUUAACAAUGAACAAUUUACCAAAGAAAAACUAUUUUACCUGUGCUUCGCCUUGGCUGUUGCAGACAAUUUGGUGUUGAUGGCGCUGUUGAGUUUUAGCUUAAGGAAAUCUCCACUGUUUCUAUCGGCUUCGAAUCAAGCGAUAUUGUUGAUCAAAGCCAUGUGUUUGGCAAAUGUGACCAAAUUUUUCCUAUUGCCCAUUGUCAUAUGGAAGACACAACAGAGUGACUAUGUUGUUCAACUAAAUUUCCUACUUUUCAUCGGAUACUUCGUUAGUGGACUCAUUCAUGUUCAUUCAGUGAUAUCUGGAUUUAGCCGAAUUUACUCUGGAUUUUCCGUGAUCUCAUCUCUCGCCAUCAAGUCCAUCAUGUUCAAUAUUUUGAUACGUUAUUUGGAGCGGAAUUUUUUCCUCUUCUAAAUCGUCCAAUAAAAAACACGUCCAACAAGUUUUAA